AAGUUUAGUCCUUCCUUUUCGUCACCGAUGGACGAUAACGGCCGGUUUGCAUAAAGGUGGAUUAUAUAAAUAUCACAUAAAUCCUGUUCAGACUCACAGCAUCGUCAGACCUGCAGACCACAUCUCGCAUCAAGCUUCAAACUGAUCGGAGUAAAGAACACAAGUUAACAUGGAGACGGCCGUGUUCAACUGCUGGCUCCUCUUUCUGCUGUUCAGCCCAGCUGUUCCCAUGUGUUUGCCCGCAGACUUCACGCUGUAUGUGGAGAAGCCGGAGUGUGACUUCUGUGUGGCCAUCAACACGACGAGCUGCAUGGGAUUCUGCCAGUCGUGGGAACGCAACUUGAAGGACAGCUUUGGCCCACGCGUCGUCCAGAGAGGCUGCACCUAUGACGAGGUGGCGUACCGCACGGUCGUGCUGCCUGGCUGUCCCGUCAACACCAACCCUCUCUUCACCUACCCUGUGGCCCUCAGCUGCCACUGCGGCACCUGCAGGACCGACAGCGACGAGUGUGCACGCAGAGCCAGCGCGGACAGGCCGAGGUGCACCAAACCAGUCAGACGUGUCUACCCAUACCCCGGCCCGAGUGACUACAUGAUCCCUUUGUGAUUCUUUUAUUUCCUUUGAAUGUGUCACUGAAAUCACAAAGCUGUAACCACAUGAUCCAUGAAUGUUCUGGGAAAAAAACCCACGUCAUCCUUUAGCCUGGGAUGAAUACACUCAUGUCUGCACUGUGUUUACUGUCUCCCCUAUUGUACCAGCUGGUUUUAUUGUGCCUGUGUAGGUCAGUGUGUCUGGGCUGCAGCUCUGCAUAUUUCUGGCAGCGUCAUUAUUUACCCUCUUGUUUGUGUGCGAGUCCCAGACUUAUUGUGUUUACUGUGAAAGUGAUACUCUGAAUGCAACUCAAUUAAAGGUGAAGUCUCUAAAUAGC